AUGGCGGUAGACACCAUCUCCAUUCUCUUCAGAGCGGCUUCUUUCUCCAUUAAAGCUCGUUCGAACUUUGUCUUCUCUAUUUCUCCUCCAAUUGCUCAUUCAGAAAACCCUAAAUCAAGUGUUUCUCCAUUGGAUGACAACGAACUAGAGUUUCUCGAAAUUGUCCAUCACUUUGUUGAGAUUCUAGACCGCUAUUUUGGAAGUGUCUGUGAGUUGGAUUUGAUCUUCAACUUUCACAAGGCAUAUUAUAUACUCGACGAGAUUUUGAUUGCUUGUGAGCUCCAAGAAUCAAGCAAAAAAACAGUUGCCCGCCUGAUUGCCGCACAGGAUUCACUGGUUGAGGCUGCAAAAGAACAAGAAAGCUCAAUCAGUAAUAUAAUUGCACAAGCCACAAAGUAA